AUGCAGUCUUGGUCAAACAAUGGCCAAAACGGCGCUGAUGAGGCACCGCAUCAAUGGCAUAACAACUAUGGUUUCUCUGCACAAAAUGGCCAAUUUGACCCCAAUCAAGGCUGGUCGCAGCCUGUGAAUGAUCAAGCUGCCUAUUCUCAAAUUAACCCACAAGAUGCUUCCGCCUCAAACUUUUUCGACAAUGACCAAGGCCACUCCUUCCUUUCUGGACCUCUGCAUGGCUCUCAACAGGACCAGGCAGGCUACCACCCUGGCCACGACUCGCUGUCAAUGAACCAGCAGUUUUCACAACAGACACCAGAUGUAAUGGAUACAGAUUUCAGUAGCAUGCAUCCUGAUAUCUAUGGUCAGCACGGGAAGAUGAACCUCGAUAAUGCUAUGGCUGGUAUGGGUCAACUUUCGGGCCAUCCUCAUUCCUCUAAUUUCCCGUACUCUAUGGCACCACCUAGCGAGUCAUCCUUCGAAUCUCCUAUCCAGCAAUUUUCUCAGCCUCAUGUGAUGCCUCAGCCAACAAGUCGGCAACAAAGUCAUACACCGGUGCAACAAUUCGAGGCCAUGCCCCCUGCCUUCGCCCAGGGCCAUCAGGGCCAUAGCUUUAGUCGACCACCCCAGCAGUCUCCUGUUCAGAACCAGCAGCAAUACAACCAGCCUGCUUUUUCGCCGCCAGUUAAUGGCCAGACUCCCCAGCCUCGACCGAACGACCAACUUAACUUUCGUCAACAGCCUCCGCAACAGCACCAACAGCAGCAGCAUGCUCAGCAACAACCGCAGCCUAUCCAACCUCAUCCUCAGCCACAUUUCGCCCCCAAACAGCCUAUCGCAUACCCUCAAACUUCACAGCCUUUGUCUGCUCAAAACUUUCAGCAACAGAUGCACCAGCAACAGCCACACUUCAUAGCUAAUGCUUCGUCGCCACCCGCUGCCAACAACCCAUAUCUGGUUCCUCAGCCUGUUAACGGUCAAGAAACGGGUAUUGCCCCACAGGUUACGAAUGAGGCUUCUGUUAAGAAAAGGAAGCGGGUCGUGAAGAGUGCUCCUGAUACCCCGACGCCUGAGCCUGCUGCGACAUACAUCGACUCACCUGUGGGUUCUCCUGCCGUGAAGAAGGUGGACGAUAUCGAUAGCUUGCAGGCUCCCACUCCUACUCCUGAGGAGGCUCAGUUGAUCGCCCAGUUUAACAAGCGCACCAAGGCUGCCCAAGCCAAACAUCCCGCAAUCAAGGGUCUUCCCCAUCUGAUCUACGAAGGGACAGCCAAGCUUCCUGCCCCUAAGAGUUAUGAUAAGCUUGCUCCUCUAGUAGCCCAGCCAAACCGUAAUGGAAGACAGAUGGUCCCUGAACUUGGUUAUAGCCUCCCAUGUGAGGUCCAGGGCCGUUUCACAAGUCAGUAUCGUCCUUCACCUGACAAGGGAGGACUGGAUGAGAGGCGUUUGGAGGCUAAGGGACUAUUGGAUGACUUUGACCGUUCCAUGAAGAGCCUUGGAAAACGUCGGCCAAAGUACACAGAGUACCCACAUGCUUUCAAAGAGCAACUUAAAUCCGACGAAGCUUCCAAGAACAAGGCAGAGAAAAAGGCAAAAAAAGAGUUGGAGGGGGAUCGUGGUAGCAAGCCAGUAAGAGAUUUCCUUCAAAGCCAAAUGACAUGUGUAUCUAACGUUGCCCAGAUUCGUUCUGCUACUCGCCCAACAGACCCCGCUGAGGCAGCAGCCUGGGAAGCCAUUGGAAUAGUCCACAUCGAGCAAUCUAGUGCAAAAACAACCAAUAUCAUUGCAAGCCGUGUUCAGCAGGCAGGCGAGUAUUUCAUUAAGCUUCGAGGGGAAAUGAACCGUUCCAAGCAAGAACUCGACCAAGCUGUCAAGGACAAGGUAUCUGAGGACGCACUUGCCAGAGCGCGACACGAUUAUGAGCAAAAAAAGCAGAUUCUUCUACGUGCUUUGGACGCCACUAUUGAGCAUGCUGAUGAUGCUGUUUUGGAUAAUCUUGGAGGGCACCAAAAGCUAGUUUUAAGCUUGGUCAAUGCCCUGAUCAUGUGUAUCAAGGCAGGUGAUUUUACAGGAAAGCUUCCCAAGAUUGUUCUCGAAAUGUUUACCCAUUUUCCCAUGACGAAGAAGAUUGCCGAGACAACAAACUUCGAGACAGUUCGAAAGAGAUUUGCCGACAAGGGCGACGCCGAGGUCAAAGAGCUCGUGUCCGAGAUUACUGCCAAAGUGAAGAAGCUCAAGGCCAGCGAGCCUGAGGCAAGCACUGGGUAUACUGGUACCUCUGCCUCAAGCAGAGCCAAGGCCAAACCUGUCAUGGAAACGUCAGUCAAGCGUGCUCGUGACGAUGAAGCCGACACACGCACGGUGAAGAAGAUUGCCGUAGAAUCUGGCGGCGGUUCUCUUAUGAGGAAACUUGCCACACCCAAGAUUCAACUCCAAUCAGCAUCCAAAACCAGUGCCGCAAAAGCCGCUGCCUCUUCUAUUCUGUCGGGGAAACCAAGACCCGUGGCUAAGUCAGUCCCGAAACCCGAAGUCAAGCCAGAUGUCAAAACUGCAAGUGACGAGAAGGCCAAAAGCGAGUCGAAACCCCCACGAACCGAAACCAAACCAUCUACCUCUCGCAAUGGCACAACUACUGCCCCAACCCCAAGCGCAGCCUCAAGUGCUUUGUCUGGCAUUGCAUCACUCCUCGACUCGAUCAACGCUCCCAAGGCCGAGUUACCUGUUCAACCUAAGGAAACCAAUGGCCCCGAACCCUCUAAUGAAACACCCGAAGAGAAGGCUAAGCGUCUCCGUAAGGAGGCUCGCCGUAAGCUUCGGGUCACCUGGAAGCCGGAAAGCGAACUCGUCCAGGUCAAAGUCUUCCACAAGGAGGAUGCUGAAGAUGAAGGCAGAGAGCAGAACAUGAUUCGAGACGCUGCCGAUGACCGAUCCGAAGGAAUGGUCCUGAAGCAGCGCGCAGACGUGGACGAGGAGGAAGAUGAUGACGACGUUCCCUACCAGCCUUGGAUGGGACCAGUUGAGACAGAUCUUUCAAGACUACCAACCGAAGUCCGAAAUAAGAACUUUGUCAACAGAGGUGGAAACGUUACUUUCACCACCGAAGAAAAGGAGCGAAUCGCCGAAAGGGAGAGGAAGGAGCUUAUGGCUAUAUACACCGACCCAGCUGACAUUCCACCAACGCCCAAGUCGCCGCCGCCUGAGACGGCAGGCGCCAACCAGCAAAAGACGCAGUACUUGCCAGAUGGCGCCAAGUUUCAGGAAAUCCAAGCCAGGUGGCGUGACGAGCAGCAGAUGGGAGCUGAUCGUGCACUCUACUCGGCGUUGCAGCGCAUCGAUGCCAAAAAUAACCCAGCAAACCGUCUCGACUCGAUCUUGGGUAACCUUCGAGGUGCCCCUGUGGCGUCACAAUCUUCAUCUCAUCAGCGCACUUCUCACGUUGUAAAUAUGGCUAACGACACUUUGCCCAUUGUCGCGGGUCCUGCUGUAAUAGAGCAGAUAAUUACCAUUCUCAAGUCCGACAAGGCUAAGAAUUGGCGAGACCCUAACCAGACUGCAAGUGAUGUGUGGCGAUCUUUCCAUUACUCUGACCUGCCCACUCGUCUCUGUGGAGGCGCCAUCGAAGGAGUGGCCAAGUCUCUGGCCGGCCUGCCAUUUCCCGCUAAUUCACCUCCUGAAUGGAUUUUGCAUGAUCAUGAGAAGGUUCGUGAAUGGCAAAUCGGCUACAACAAGGAACUGGCAGCUCGACAAAAGAAGGACGAGGAAGACCGUGCACGAGCAGAAGCAGAGGCAAAUGCCUUGUUAUCGGCGGUGUCUGGUGCAUCGUCCGGUCAAGCUCCUGCGAACCCUCAAGACUGGAGUGCCUUUUACGCUCAGCAACAGGCCUAUGCCCCUUACAUGGCUCUGCUGCAGCAGAUGAAUGGUGGACAGCAGCCGGCUCAGCCUCAGACAGGCGCUGCACCCUCACAGCAGCAGCCACAAAUUCCUGAGAACCAACUCCAAUCGAUUUUGGCAGCCAUUAAUCAGCCAUCGCAGGCUCCGGCCCAACAAGCUUCAGCCUCGAAUGCGGCUCCUUAUUUUAACCCCAACGACCCAUCGUACCAGCAAUAUAUGAUGCUGAGCCAGAUGGCACAAGGUCAACAGGCUCCACCACCGCCCCCGCCUGCCGCAGAGCGAGAGUGGGAGCGAGAGAGAGAUCACGGUCGAGAUCGUGACCAAGAUAGAAGCUGGGAUCGUGAUCGUACACAUGACCGUGAUCACGACCACCACGGAAGCAGAGGCGACCGUGAUAGCAAAGACGGACGGAAAAAGAGAGGUACUCUGCCAGUCCAUAAGCCCGCCAACAAGGCGCUUAUCGGCACCAAGCCUUGUACCUUCUGGCAGCAGGGCAAGUGUGCUAGAGGCGACAAGUGUACAUUCCGACAUGACUAA